UUCGCUCACUCCAACGGCUAUCGUCUAGUAGUGUGUACAUACACAGUGUGUUCCGAAUGCAGUAUAAGUUGGUUGAGUUAGGUUAGAUUACUGUAAGACAAUAUUUUUCCUGUUUAAUCACAUUGAAACCAAGCAAAUCAUAGUGACUCAGUUCAUAGCAUUUUGCAAUUUACCUAUUCCAAGUGUUUACUUUGUGAAUAUUAUAACCGUAUCCACAUUUAAUCACAAUGGAUUUGUCAACCAUAUCACUUACAGCAAUUUCUGCUGGAAGCAAACAAGUUAUCUCGACGCUCUUAAACCCUGCGAAAGUCCUACCAUCUGAAAAUGGUUUACCAAGAGAUUGGAGAGGUUUGGCAUAUUUGCUAGAAUUCAAUGUAGAAGUCAUAUCAUUGCUUUCGUCACAUUCUGAUCCAACAAUACAUAUGUUCACAAUAUUGGAGCAAAAACAAGAAAAUAUUACAAUAAAGGAUUUUCAAAGGAUGAUGGAACAAAUCAACAGAUGGGACAUUAUUGAUGAUACUGAAGACAUGUUUGAAAAGGAUGCUAUAAGAUGUUUGGAGGAAAAGCAGAGAGCUCAAGUAUCAGCAGAUAUGAUAGAACAAAAUAUUGAUAAUGAAAUACUUACACAAGGUGAUAUUCAUAGAUUGAGAGAAGGCUUAGAAAUACAAUAUUAUGAUGCGUUUCUCUUAUAUGCAGAUGAAGAUAUUAGUUUUGCAAAUGAGAUGGUAGAAAAACUUGAAACAGGAUAUCAGUUAAAGUUAUGUUUAAAAGACCGAGAUCUGGUUGCAGGUAUAACAUUUGAACAUGAAGCAGUAAUGAAAAUAAUAAAAGAACGAUGCAAUAGAGUAUUGAUUAUAGUAUCACCUAAUUUCUUAGUAAGCGCUGCAAACAAAUUUUUCUUAAACUACACACAAGCUUUAAGUAUUGAUACACGACAGAGAAAAAUCAUACCCUGUUUAUAUAAAAGAUGUGAAUUACCAAUGCAAUUAAAAUACAUGUUUCUUUUGGAUUACAAUCGUAGAGGAUUGUAUGACUUUUGGGGUAGAUUACAUGAUUCUAUAAAAGUUCUAAAUUCUAGUGUUACAUGCACACAGAAGAUUACAGAAGUAACAAAUACUUUGCCAAAUAUAUGUAAUGAUAUAGCUCAAGUCCCUCAAGUAACAAAAGAAGAAACGUCACAAAAUAUGCAACAAAAGAUUGAAAACUGUGUUAACAAAAAUAUAAAUGAUACUAAAGCUUUAAGUUCUGGAACCAAAAAUAAAAUGUUAAAAUGGGUAAAAGGUGCAGCUAAUCGAAAAACGAAGCAAACUAAGCAAAAUGAUGCUUUAAUUGUGGAGAAACUUCAAAAUUUGCCAUCACUAGAUAACUUAGAUAGUUUAACCAGUAAUUCAACCAAUAAUUUAACCGGCAAUUCAACCAAUAAUUUAAUCAGUAAUUCAACCACUGAUAUAUAUAAAAAAAAGAAAAAGAAGAACUUAUUUGAUAAGUUUACAAAGAAGGGACAAAUGAGAAAAAUAGCUAUGCAAGUAUGAUAAAAAAAAUCUACGUAUAAGAAGAAUAUUUUGUAUAAAAUUAUAUAUUUUGACAACACACAUGUUUGCACAAAAAUGAGGAAGAAAACGUGAAGUUUAUAGAUUUCUAAUCUAAUAUAUAUACAUAUAUAUAUAUAUAUAUA